CGUGCGGACGGGCAAGCCGGUGACUCAUAAAUAUACCAAAAGAAUAUGGCUGCACAGAUAUCAGAAUCUGAUCAGAUAAAACAGUUUAGGGAAUUCCUGGGAACCUACAAUAAACUUACAGAAACCUGCUUUUUGGACUGUGUUAAAGACUUCACAACAAGAGAAGUAAAACCUGAAGAGAUCACCUGUUCAGAACACUGCUUACAGAAAUAUUUAAAAAUGACACAAAGAAUAUCCAUGAGAUUUCAAGAAUACCAUAUUCAGCAGAACGAAGCCUUGGCAGCUAAAGCAGGACUUCUUGGCCAGCCUCGAUAGAAAAGUCC